AGCCACUUUGGCUCCAGUCGCCGUGCUGGCCCAAGGCAUUCGCGUCAGAGCUGGAGAGUGCCGCUCUGGCGCUCCCCCCCCCCUCCCGAGCACCUGACGGCAUGGGCCGCCGCCAGGGGCCCACCGCAUUGGCGGUGGCGGCCGCGACUGCCGCGGCCCUGGCGUGGGCCCCUCGGUCGGGGCGCCUCGCCGUCCGAGCGACGGCCCCGGCGCUGGCCCUGCGGCCUCCGCCCGCGUGGCGCGCCGCGGGGCCUCCGCGACGGCCCGCGCUGCCCGGGCGGAGGCACGGCGGCCGGCGCGCGGUGUCGUCCGAAGAGCUGUCGGCGGCCAUGGGGAUGCCCGAGGACUUCGAGUACGAGGAGGUCUUGCAGUUCUUCGAGGAGGCCAGCGAGGGGCGAGGGCUCGUGACGUUCCCGGAGGCUACGCGCAUCGGCAUCGUGGGCCAGAUGGUGGAGGAGGAGGUGGUCUCGCUGGAGGAGCUCUGGGUGCUCUGGGGCCGCGUCGGCCCUGCAGCCUUGGAGGGUUUCUGCGAGUUCUUCAACCAGGCCGACGAGCUCUACGAGGAGAAACUGACCUCGAAUGCCCUGACGUUUCGGACGAAAGAAGAGAUGGCGCGCAGCGGAGCAGAGGUGGGGAGGCUUUUCCAGGAGGGUUGGGACGAGCAGGGCCUUCUCCCCUUCGAGGGUCUGCUCAAGAUCUCUGAGGUUGCUGAUCUAAUCGACGAGGGCGAGCUCGCAAAGGCAGAGCUUGAAAACGUGUGGGCCUUGCUUCCGAAGGGUGACGGUGACUGCAUCGACAUCGCGACCUUCAGAGACCUCUUGGCGCAGAUCGACGACCUCUUCGAAUACGAGGACGAAGCAAACGACGCAGCCAGUGACGAGCUGUUGGCGGAUGCGGUUGAUAUCAGGGCAGGUCCGCAGGAACGAUUCACCGUGGCCCCAACAAUUAUAGUCCCGGGCGUUCGCAAAGCUGUGAAGCAGGCACUCGCUAACGGGACUUUGGAGCUCGUUUUAACAGAUGGUGAUGUCCAUCCCACCAAGUAUAUUGCAGGCUUUCGCAAUCCUCUCUCGGAGCUUGGUGAAUGUGGCAAUUGCCCACUUUCCCGCCUGAUAGAUGGCAGAGAGAACCUGCGGACAGAAGGCAGGGAGAACCUGCGGGCAGGUUUCAGGGAGCUUGCUGUACAGGAGAUCAAGGAGCGGUUCGAGGGCGCAGCCAGACGUGAGGGGCUGAUCUACUGUACCCUGGCCUGUGGCUUCCUCUAUUUUGACUGGGAGCUUCUGAACCGACUGCAGUAUGAUGAGGGCGUUCGCAUCAGGGAAGUGUGGGUCAUUGAAGUGUUAGACAGACCUGGUAUGGCCGACCAGCCACGCAUGAGGAGGGCCCUCUCCGCCUUCGCGGGCUGGUUCAACGGCGAGGUCAACGUCCUCGCUUUCCCCUCCCUGCCACUCUUCGAGGAGUUCAUUGUGGGGAUCCCGGAGGAAGAACGAGCCCACGUGUUGAUGAGGUGCGACGCGGCCUCCGUGGGCGACCAGAGGAUCGAAAAGUUCAAGGCGUUGGCGCCGAGGCCCGGGGCCAGCGACCUGGAGUUGUCCCCAGACACUGGGGGGCUCCGCGCAGUGAGCCGCCUGGAGAGGAGGCCGAGGGGCAUAGAGUGGAACCAGAAGAUGAACCAGGUCUGGUUCGAGCGCAAGUGGACCGACGUGGGCGAGCCAUUCUACAAGGUGCUGGAUAAGGUGCCCAAGGCCGCCCCCUGAGCGAGAGAUGGACUGGGCCAGGUGGGUGCCCUCCCUCCCUUCUCACCGCUCUUCUCCUUGCUGGCCUGAGGCGCGGAGGCUCUCAAUCGGUGCCCGCACUCCCCGAGUCCACCGGGGUCAGGAAAAAGGCC